AUGUCAUCGCUGGAGGGCAGUGGCAUACAGGACGAGAUAGACUUCGAGUGGCUGGGCAAGAACAAGUCGAUCGUGCAGACCAACUUCUACGUGGGCGGGGUGGGCGGGCGGGAGAAGAUCGUGGACCUGGGCUUUGACUGCUCACAGGCCUUCCAUAACUACGCCAUCCUCUGGACGCCCUCGCAGCUCGUCUGGUUCAUAGACUACAAGGCAGUGCGUGUCGAGUACAACGCCUCCUCCGUUCUCCCCCCCGCCAAGCGCAGCAAGCCGGGCGCACCCGUGCCGUCCAAAGCAUACCCCUCCAAGCCGGCCUUCUUUUACGCCAGCAUGUGGGAUGCCAGCAGUGCAGGCAACGGGUGGUGGGCGGGCAAUAGAACAACCCAAGAGCGCUGGGACGUACCACGCACUGCACGCUUCCUCUCCGCACUCUUGUUCCGCCCUUCUCAGUUCCGCUCCGCUUCCCCCAUGACUGCCAAAGCGCGCUCUGCGGCGCACUCCCCCCCCUGCCCCGUCUUCGCCAGCAGCACGCUCGAAUGGACUCCGCUCGGCCGCUUCCACCGCUUCCUCGGCGCCGCCUCCCUCCCCCGCCGCAUUCAGCGCUUGCGCCGCCGGCGCCACCCUGCUGCGCGCAAGGUGCUCGGCGCAAGCCGACAACGGCGCAUUCCGCCCUCCUUGUCAGCUGCCGCGCGGGGAGACAACCUCCUACCCGGAGGCGCUCUGCCAUCGGCGGAUGAUCCACAGGCGCCGCAGCAGGAGCAUGAGCAGCGGCGGAGGCGCAGCGAUGGGCGGCGAGUGCGGUUCGAUUUGGGCGACAAUGACGACGAUGAAGCUAGGAAAGAGACGAACGCUGGCGACAGCAGCAGCCGGCAGCGGUUCGGGUUGGAGCGCGGCGGGCAUCCGUUGGGCGUGCAACCCCUAGGGAACCUCUUCCUGCGCUCCGACCAUAACCCCCUUAAACCCCUCCGCAACGCGCGCGACGCGGGGCUCGGCGCACUGCGGCGCCUGCCGGACCCAAUCCUGCUGGACAUCGUGGGGCGGCUGCCCGCCGAGUCGCUGUGCCACGUGGGCAUGGCGAGCCGCGCGCUGCACGUGGUGGCGCACCAGGAGGAGCUGUGGCGCGCGCUGGUGCUGGAAUCCGCGGAAGGCGGGUUCGAAUGGGAGGCGAGCUGGCGGUGGACUUACGUGAAAUGGCGCAUGGGCGCACGGGCGCAGGCGGAGGGAGAGGGGGAGGGGAAGGGAGGGGAAGCAAGCAGGGAAGGGAAGGGCGUGAAACGGAAGGAGAAGCAUGGGGAGGAGCGCGGGGUGUUGCAGUACCGACCGCCAUUGAAGGUACCGGACUUCUAUUCGGACUAUUUCUUCCAGAGCUGGCUCUGCACCAGCCUCGCCCUGCCGCCCGCCUGGACCACCCACGACAACAUCCCGCGCGUCGCCGCCACCUCCCUCUCGCCCGCCGACUUCGCCGCCCGCUUCGAGCGCCCCGGGCGGCCGGUGAUCAUCACAGGCGCCAUCAACCACUGGCCGGCGUUGUCCCGGUGGCAGGACCGUGCGUACCUGUGUGGCGCAGCGGGCGACAGUGCGUUUGCGUGCGGGCCGGUGGAGCUGAGCUUGGAUCAGUACUGGCGGUAUGCGGAUGGAGUGCAGGAGGAGCGGCCGCUGUACGUGUUUGACCCGCGGUUUGGGGAAAAGGCGCCUGCUCUGUUGGGAGACUAUGAGGUGCCCGAGUACUUCCGAGAGGACCUCUUCCAAGUGCUGGACCUGGGGACGGGUGGUGGGGAGAAUGGAGGGGAGAACGGGGGUGAGCGGGGCGCGGGUGGAGCUGGGGGAGAAGGGGGAGAUGGGGGUGAGGGGAGUGCGGGCGGGAGGGGAAAAACGGGGGAAACUGGUGAAGUGGAGGUGGGUGCAGGAGAGGGAGAGGGAGAGGGAGAGGGGCAAGGGAAGAAGGAGGAGACGAGUGGGCGACCUGAUUUUCGGUGGCUGAUCAUGGGCCCUGCCCGGGCGGGGUCAUCAUGGCACAUAGACCCCAACUCCACGUGCGCCUGGAACGCCGUCAUCACCGGCUCCAAGAAGUGGAUCCUCUUCCCGCCCAACGAGGGCCCGCCACCUGGCGUGCGUGCGAGCCCCGAUGGUGCUGACGUGGCGGCGCCGGUGUCGAUCACGGAGUGGUUUAUGAAUUACUACGAGGAGAUGCGGCGGGGGCCGGUGACGGCGUAUGAGGGCGUGUGUGCGGCGGGCGAGGUGAUGUUUGUGCCGCAUGGAUGGUGGCACAUCGUGCUCAACCUGGAGGAGUCCAUUGCUCUCACUCAGAACUAUGUCUCCAGCGCGAACCUGUUGGAUGUGAUGCGGUUCCUGCAGCGGCCCAAUGCGCGUGUACUGGUGUCAGGCAUGGGCGAGGGGCAGCGCGAGGGGCUGCACGACCGCUUCCGUGAGUGCCUGGCGGUGCACCGCCCAGGGCUGCUGGAGAGGGAGGAGAGGGACGAGGAGGAGCGCGAGCUCAGACGCAAGCAGAAGGCUGCUUUCUGGGAGCAAGCAGCUAAUGCGGGUGAUGGGGGGUUCAGAUUUGGAUUUUAG